AUGCUCAUUGCGUGUUUGUAUGUCGAUGAUCUCAUCUUCAUGGGGAAUAAUAGUGACAUGUUUUCUGAUUUCAAGAAGUGUAUGAUGGAUGAAUUCGAGAUGUCUGAUCUUGGUAAGAUGCAUUACUUUCUUGGUUUAGAAGUAGUGCAAUCUGAUGAUGGCAUAUUUGUUUCCCAAAAGAAGUACGUGAGAGGAAUUUUAAACAAGUUUAAGACGCAGCAUUGCAAUCCAACCAACAUUCCAGUUGAGUUUGGCUUGAAACUAACCGAAGCUGGGAGCGGAAAGAAGACGGAUAGCACUUUUUACAAGCAAAUUGUGGGUAUUCUAAUGUACCUAACUGCUACAAGACCACACAUCAUGUAUUCUGUUAGUCUUGUAAGUAGAUAUAUGGAGUGCCCAACUGAAAUGCAUCUCUUAUCUGCGAAGAGAAUUCUUUGUUACUUACAAGGAACCAAGGAUUUUGGAAUUUUCUACAGGAAGGGAGAAAAGGAAGAUUUGAUUGGCUUUACUGAUAGCGAUUAUGCAGGAGAUCAAGAUGGUAGAAAGAGCACUUCAGGUUAUGUCUUUAUGCUAGGUACAGGGGCUGUAUCGUGGUCUUCCAAAAAGCAAACAGUUGUCACAUUAUCAAGUACAGAAGCUGAAUUUGUAGCUGCUAUAGCUUGUGCUUAUCAAGCUAUUUGGCUUAGGAGAAUCCUUAAAGAGUUGCAAUUCAAGAUGGAAAGUGCUACUAUGAUAUUUUGUGACAACAAUUCUGCAAUCAAGUUGUCAAAGAAUCCUGUGAACCAUGGAAGAAGCAAGCACAUUGAUGUGAAGUAUUAUUUCCUGCGAGAUCUCAACAAUGAAGGAACAAUAGAGCUUCAGUAUUGCCGAAGUGAAGAUCAGUUGUCAGACAUUCUUACUAAACCUCUCAGAAACACAGUUAUGCCUCCCCGUCGCAUCAUUGACCAGAAUGCUCAGACAGAUGAGGUCCAUCCCACCCAUGGGAUGCAGACCCACAAUAGAGUUCCUACUCCAGAACCUGUCCCUACUUUAGAAGUCCCUCCAGUCCUGACCAGUCCUCCUCAGGCUCCGCAGACUAAUGUCAACCGUCCCCCAACUACUAAGGGAGAUAUUUCAAAUGUAGAAUUCAGACGGUCUAUUCAAAUGUAG